CAGUUCUACAUGGUGAUCCAUGUUGGUAUAUAAGGCAGGGAAGAGACAGUAUAUGUGUUAAAUAUAGUACACAAUUACGAAGAGAACAAUCGUUUUGCCGAUUGCAGUGUGACAUCAUUGCAUCAUAAGAUUGUAUAUAAAGAGACAUUUUCUGCAGUAUGUAAAUCAUGUAAGUUCUUAUCGUGGCGCCAUACGUUUAAUCUCAACAACUUUGUAUCUAUCAAUUAUUUCCUAAUCUUGCUGAAAAAAAAGAAAAGAAAAGAAAAAGAGAGCAAUGACUACAGGAUUAAAGACAAUGGAAUUUCUAAGAUUAGGUCGACGGGUUCGUCGACGUUUAAAUGCUCGAAGCGUGAGCGACCAACUUCUUGGUGACGGAGAGGAGAAGAAGAAAAGGAUCACGUUGAAUAUUGACACGAAAAUGUUAAAGAUUGGAUUUAUUGGAGGAGGCAAGAUGGCUCAGGCUUUGGCUAGAGGUUUCAUACGAUCUGGAUUAAGCAAAGGUGAAAUGAUGUUGGCUAGCUGUCUUCCAAAUGAUAUAAGUAGUAUAGAUGCGUUUAAGGAAAUAGGAUCAAAUACUGUAUUUUCAAAUCAACCUGUAAUUGAUCAUGGUGACGUUUUGAUUUUGUCAGUGAAACCACAGGUGGUUCCAAAGGUUCUUCCAGAGUUAAAGAAUUACAAAAAACUUUUACUUUCUAUUGCUAUGGGUAUUCCAUUGUCGUCAUUAGAAAAGGCCUUACCAGAUGGAACUCCUGUAAUCAGAGUAAUGCCCAAUACACCAGUUCUUGUAGGUUGUGGUGCAACAGUGUAUGCUCGUGGAAAGCAUGCAGGCGAUAAAGAAGCUGAAAUAGCAGAAAAAUUAUUCUCCUCUGUGGGUCUAUGCGAAGAAGUACCUGAAAAUUUAAUUGAUCCCGUUACGGGUUUAGCUGGUUCAGGACCUGCUUAUGUAUAUAUGAUGAUAGAGGCUUUGGCGGAUGGUGGUGUAAAAAUGGGUCUCAUGAGGCCAUUCGCGUACAAAUUAGCUGCACAAACUGUUCUUGGAGCUGGUACUAUGGUUCGAGAUACGAAGACACAUCCAGGACAGCUUAAAGAUGAUGUAGCAUCGCCAGCAGGCUCUACCAUAGUUGCAUUACACUAUUUAGAACAACACGGAUUGAGAUCAGCUAUAAUUGGAGCAGUUGAAGUCUCAACGAAGCGAUGCAAGGAAGUUAGUUCAAGUACAGAGAAAAAUUAGAUUGACAAAAUGAAAGAGGAACUAUGUAGUUGUUGAUGAAAAAAACGAAGUAAGAAAGCAUCGUUGUAAUCGUUACAGUCGUAGAAAACAAAGUAAAUCAUAGUAUGUUUUAAUUUGUAACGUAGAAACGUUUUAUGUAUAAUUUCACAAUCGUUAUCUUUUAUAAAAAAUUCCUAACAUAAUAAUUCUGAAAAAAAUUUUGUAUAUUUUGUAUAUAAUUCUUUUAACUUGAUAAAUGUUUAUGAUUCA